AUGUCUUAUGAUUAUUAUGGAAUUAUAAUAAUAUUAUUUUCUAUUUUUACAUCAACAAAUUCAUGUUGGAAUACAAUAUAUAAUAAUAUAACAUAUGGUCAUAUAGAAAAUUUAAAUUUUUAUUUAGGACAAUCUCAAAUAAAAAAUAUAUCAUGUUCAUGGAUAAUUAAUAAUGAAAAACAAUUUAAUCAAUCAUAUUAUAUUAUUUCAUUACGUUUAAUUAAAUUAGAAUAUGAACAAACAUUAUGGUCAAAUGAAUUAAUAUUAAAAACUGAUAAUAAACAAAUUAUAUUUGAUAAUAUAAAUCAAAGAACAUUUUAUAUUCCAUCAUCAUCAGCAACUUUAGAAAUUUAUUUUCAAUCAAAAUUACAAUCAAAUUAUUUAAAUAUUCAACGAUUUUUACUUGAAUUUAUUUAUAUAAAUAAUAAUAAUAUUCAUAAUAACAAUGAUUAUUUUCAUUGUGUUAAAAGUGGUUUAAUUAUACCAAAACAAUGGAAAUGUAAUUGUUUAUAUGAAUGUUCCGAUGAUGAUUAUAGUGAUGAAGACAAUUGUCCAUUAUGUCCUAUGAUUAAAACAUCAAAUAGUUUAUUAUGUCAUUCGAAUGAAACUUGGUGUUUACCUGUAACAAAUACAACCGAUAAAAUCGAUCCUAACGGUGUUUGUAUUCCAUAUGAACAAAAUUCUCAAUGUUCAUAUUCAUUAAAUUGUGAAACAAUUAUAUCAUAUUAUAAAGAUCAUGGUGAAAUUAUACUUGAUAAUUCUACUCUAUCUAAUCAUCAAUCAUUAUGUUUUAUAAUAAUUGCUAAAGAAAAAUAUAAAAUAAAAUUAAUUAUAAAUCAAUAUAAUUUUCUUUAUCAACAUCCUGAUUUAGAAUUUUUAAUUUAUGAUGGUAGUGAACAACAAAAUCACUUACUUCUAUCAUCUAUUAUGUUAUUACAAAAAACAAUAAUACAAACACGUGAAAAUCAUAUAGCAACAAUUAUUAUACGAAAAAACCGUUCACAAGAAAAUUUAAAUCGAUUUUUUCUAUAUCAACAAAUUCAACAAGAUAAUUUCAAUAAUAUUUUAUUGAAUAUUACAUGGUUAACAAGUUUAUGUCCAUAUAAUCAACUACUUUGUAAUGGUCAUAAUGAAAUAAAAUGUUAUUCAUCUAAACAACGAUGUGAUGGUAUUUGGGAUUGUAUUAGUGGUGAUGAUGAAUUAGGUUGUUUACCAUCAUCAUGUCCAACAACAUUUGCAUGUAAUGAUCCAUUACAUAUGCCAUCUGAUCAACCAAGAUGUUAUACAUGGUCUGAACGUUGUAAUGGAAAUGCAUUUUGUGUUAAUCGUAUUGAUGAAAAAAAUUGUACACAUUGGUGGUGUAAUUCAAAUAAUGGAACUUUUCUUUGUAAAAAUUUUAAUUGUAUCUAUGAAACAUGGAUUUGUGAUGGUACAAAUGAUUGUGGUGAUAAUUCUGAUGAAAUAAAUUGUCCAUUUCGUAUAUCUCGUCGAAUAAUGACAGCUGCUGUUAUUGGUGGUACUAUUUGUUUAACAUUAUUCAUAAUAGCACUUGGAUGUACUUGUAAACUUUUACAUUUACGUUUAAUUGAACGACAAACUUCAUUAAGUUUAUUAAAUCCUCAACAAUAUAUUCAACAUCGACGAGAACAAUUUCAACAACAAUCAACAAAUAAUAAUAAUGAUAAUAAUAAUAAUAAUAAUUUAUCAUCAUCAUCAUCAACUAUAACAGAUAAUACACGACGUUUAGCACCACCAUCAUAUAAUCAAACAAUGGGUUUUUCGAAUGAUGAUGAAGAACGACAUGCAUUACUUACAGAAUAUUUAAGAUUAGCUGGUUUAGAUAAUUUUAUUCCAUUAUCAUUUUCAAGAUCAUCAAGACAUAGAAAUCGAAGACAUCGAAGACAUCAUCGUCGUCAUCAUCGUUAUCAUGAUCAUCAAAGUCAAAAUGAAGAUUCUCGUAUUGCUUUACUUGAAUCAAAUACAACACAUUCAAAUUUAUCAACAAAUCGUUUUGAUCAUUUUCGUUCUCGACUUCGUUCUUUAUUGGCAAGAAAUCAUUCAAUAAAUACUAAUAAUAAUAGUACUUCAUCGAAUGAUUUUGAUAUAUAUGAACGUUAUAAUUCUUUACAACCGAUUGCACUUUCUAAUCGAUCUUAUAUUGAAUCACUAGAACUUCCACCAACAUAUAUUGAUGAACAAUUAUUAUCUAUUCAUCAUGAAAAUGAUAUUCAAUCAUCAAUAACUAUACCAACAACAACAACAACACCAACACCAUCAACAUCAUUUCAUAUUUGUAAACGACAAAUACCUUUAAAUACAUUAUGUGAUCAUUUAGAAGAACAAACAUCAUCAAUACCAAUUACUACAAUUCAAGAUGAUGAACAAGCUAGUAGUGAUGAUGAUGAUGAUGAUGAUGAUGAUGAUGAUAAACUUUUAAUGCCUUGA